AUGGAGGAAAUCGCUGCACUUCGUCAUCUUGAGCUUUACGAAGCAGUUGUGCCCACGAGUGAGGUAUGCGGCCGCCUGAUUAAGCCGCGGGCGGAUUUAAUCAAUGCGACUCCACGAGAAACUCACCAAUAUGGUCCUCAUGAGCGUCACGAUCUGGACUUGUAUACGCCUUUAAAGGGAGGUUCAGAUCACGACAAAGGCAGCAACUCUCCACUUUUGGUGUUCCUGUAUGGUGGCGGAUUUGCGUCAGGAGACAAGCUCUUUGACUUGAUACCUGGAGACCUGGUGUACAAGAACCUGGGAUCGUUCUUCGCUGAAGAAUUAGGCUUCGACGUGGCUAUUGUCAACUACAGACUAUCAAAGCAUGGGAUCAGAUUCCCACGUGGCGCCGAGGACCUAGAUCUUGCCUUGAAGUGGCUUGAUCAACAUUAUAAACCUCGUGGCCCAAGAGAUCUGUACAUUAUGGGCAAUUCGGCCGGAGGUAUUCACCUGACAACGUGGCUCUUUCGACUAGAAUUCCGAGACAGCGUCAAUUUGUUUGUUUCGGGUACAGGUACUUUGACUCUGCGGACGGGUAUCCCACUGAGCUGCCCUUUCACAUGGCCUCAGUACGUGAUCGAUUCGAAAGUCGGAGACAGCGUCAAAGGCUACUACGGCGACGAACAGAAGGUUAAAGAGAAUGCGGCUUUGCUGCUGGUGGAGAAAGCUCUCAAAGACGCGCAACCAGACACAAAAUGGCCGAACAUUUUGACAAUCGUGAGUGAAAUGGACCCUGAUGACAUUCGAGAGUCCGGGAAACAAUUCACCGACUUGUGGAAAGCGUCCGGUCGGAAGGGUGAAUAUCACAUCUUGAAGGGACACAACCAUUUCACGACAGUCUGGGCAUUACGCGCUGGCGGCGAGAUCGAGAAGUGGGGAUAUGAUCUGGGUAAGUGGUUGCAAGACUUGAACCGAGCCUGA